GUUCCCUUAGCCCGAUUGCAAUGGUACUGGAAACGGAUAAUUCUCUAAUUCUGUUCGACUUCAUACGUCUACCGUUGAAGUUUUAUAGCGCUGUCGGCAUAAAGAUAUUUCAAUGGGAUGCCGAUGAUAUAAUGACCACCAAGGAGAAGUGUAUCUUCCUGCUGCUCGGCAUCAAUUUCAUCGGUUGUUUCUUGGCCAAAAGUUUGUUCUGUGUGUUUGGCGAAUUCGUCGAUACGAUGCAGGCAACCCAGUGGAUUCUCUAUUUCAUGUUUGCCAUGAAUGGUUGUUGCAAAACCAUUUCCGUGGCCAUUGGUCGCAAGAAGCUCUACACCGUUCUCAAGGAUAUUGAGGGCAUAUUUCCGGCAACACUCAAGGAACGUCAAGAAUUUCGUUUGGCCCACAACUACGGCUAUAUUAUGCGUCAUGCCAAGAUCAUGAGCAUUCAACACUGCAGUAUUGCCAUAAUGUUCAUUGCCUUUCCCUUGGUCCAGUCGACAAUUGAAUAUCUGACCAGUGCGGAUUCGGAGUUUGUUACUCGCACACCCUACAUUAUGGUAUACCCAUUUGAUGCAACUGCCGGCAUUGGUUAUGUCGUCGGCUAUUUUUCCCAGUUCCUUGGUGGUUUUACGGUGUCGUGCUAUUUCGUCGGUUCCGAUAUGUUGCUAAUGUGCACAAUAUAUUUGGUCAUAAUGCAGUACGAUUAUAUCUGUUAUCGCAUUGAAAAUUUCAAAUCACGGAAUUAUGAGGAAGAUAUGAAGGAACUGAAAAUUGUUUUGGAACGGCAUAAUUUGUUGAAUAUUGUUGCCGAAACGGUAAAUGAAGUUUUCAGUAUUUCGAUUCUGUUGAAUUAUAUGAUCUCCAUACUAAUUAUCGUCAUGAUUUCAAUACAAAUAACAAAAGGUUCGGAAUUUGGCUUGGAUAUGAUAAAAUUUGUGGGCUUUUUUACAUCAGCAUCCACUCAGGUUUACUAUAUUUGUAUGUUUGGAAACUUAUUGAUGGACUAUAGUUCCCGAGUAAGCGAGUCAUUAAUCGGUCAAGAAUGGUAUUGGACUGAUGUUCGUUAUCAACGUAUGCUGGUAUUGGCUAUAGCCCGUUCUCAGAGGCCUUCACAUUUGACAGCAUUUAAAUUUUUCACCAUAUCCAUGGAAAGUUAUGGAAAUCUAAUGACAACGGCAUAUCAAUUUUUUACCCUACUUAAGGCCCAAAUGGAACAGUAAAGAUACAAUAUACUCACACUUAGUUUUUAUCUAUAUACAUGGCUUAAAGACACAUAUAUACAAUGCAGUGCUGAGUGGAAAAGGUGAAAAUGGAUUGAUGAUUAGACGGAUGGCAAUACAACUUUAUGAUACGUUUUUAUUAUUUAAU